AUGCUACAUCAGUCCCAUAAAUCCUCUCAUCACAGCACUGGCUCUGGACAUAAGAAUUUCAGCUCAUCCUCAGCUUGUUUACCAUCUCUGAGCAAACACAGUGUUAGUUCCUUUACUUCAAAGAAAGUAUCCAUUGGGCACAAAAUGCUCCCAAGCUUUGGUAGCAGAAGCGUCUAUAGCCUUGGAUCAGGUGGACAUAAGAUCUCAGUUGCCAGCUCUUAUACUUCUAAGGCUGGACAUGGGCAUGGAGGAUCUGGUAUUGGACAUAGUUUUGGUGGUGGUAGCUUUGGAUAUGGAGGACCACAUUGCUCUACUGGUAUCACACCUGUUACAGUGAACCAAAGCCUCUUGGCACCACUCAACCUGGAGCUUGACCCAAACAUCCAGAGAGUGAGGACAGAUGAGAAGGACCAAAUCAAGGGUCUCAACAACAAGUUUGCCUCCUUCAUUGACAAGGUCAGAUUUUUGGAGCAGCAGAAUAAAAUGCUUGAGACAAAAUGGAGUCUUUUACAAGACCAGAAAACAGCUAGAUGUCAAAUAGAACCCCUAUUUGAGGCCUAUAUCAACAACCUCCGAAGACAGCUGGAGAACUUAGGAAGUGAGAGAGUUCACCUGGAGUCAGAAAGAAGAAAUAUGGAAGAAGCAGUAGAAGAAUUCAAGAGGAAAUAUGAAGAAGAAAUUAACAGGAGGACAGCUGCAGAGAAUGAAUUUGUUGGACUUAAGAGGGAUGUCGAUGCUGCCUUUAUGAAGAAAGCAGAACUGGAAGCUAAAGUGGACUCUUUAACUGAUGAGAUCAACUUCCUGCGGGCUCUAUAUGAUGCGGAAAUUGCUCAGCUCCAGGCUCAAAUCUCAGAUAUUUCAGUCGUUGUUUCCAUGGAUAACAGCAGAGAACUGGACCUGGACGGUAUUAUUGCUGAAGUUAAAGCACAGUAUGAGGAUAUCGCUAACAGGAGCAGAGCUGAGGCUGAGGCCACAUAUCAGUCAAGGUACGAAGAGCUAUGCAUGACUGCAGGAAGACACGGUGAUGAUUUGCGCAACACUAAACAUGAGAUUGCUGAGCUCAACAGAAUGAUUCAGAGACUCAAAGGAGAAAUAGAGGGAGUAAAAGCACAGCGUGCUAAACUAGAAUCUGCUAUACGGGAGGCUGAGGAACGUGGAGAAAUGGCUGUUAAGGAUGCCAAGAAUAAACUGACAGAAUUGGAGGAUGCCCUGCAAAAAGCGAAGCAGGACAUGGCGCGCCAGCUGCGUGAAUACCAGGAGCUGAUGAACGUGAAGUUGGCCCUUGAUAUUGAGAUCGCCACCUACAGGAAACUGCUUGAGGGAGAGGAGAGCAGAUUGGCUAAUGAUGGACAUAACUCAGUGAGCAUUUCUGUGAUUAACUCAUCACAUGGAGGAAGUGGGCAUCACCACAAGGCUGGAUAUGGUUCAAGCAGUCAUUCCAAGGGAAAACAUGGCUGCUAAACCGUCUGAUGGACAUUAUGCUGGCUGCAUCCUAAGUCUUCAUCAUACAGAAUGUUAUUCAAAACCAUAUGCUAUAAUUAUUUACUAAAGUUCCAAUGCAAAUACUUCAUACAAAUAAAACAAAUAAACAGGAACUGAAUACGUUAAUAUAAAUUAUGAAAGGUCAAAAAAUAAAUCAUGAACUGCCUUAUA